AUGAUUCCGUGUAAGGCAACGACGCCUGCUCCUAACCCGGUUAUCUCCCCCUUCGUCGUGGUCAACCUCCACGAGGACACGCAGAUCGAGACACUACUGACCACUGUGACGUGUACCGAUAACAGCGUUGGAGGAUCAGGGACGUGCACAACCUGCAACAUUGUACGUGAGCAGCCGUCAGGGGCGCCCUUCCGGUGCUGGAAGAAGUAUACUUUCUCAGAGUUCAACGUGUACUACGUAGCAGGGCAGGCCAACAGCGCACUCAGCUACCGCAACAUCGCCAAGUCGUACUUCCUGGACAUCCAGUGUGUGGCAGCAGAUGGCAGCACGGACACGCAGACUCUGGAGGUGGACAUUCAGCCUAACCAGGCACCCUACAUCACAGACUUCCCUGGAGUGUCGCGAACUCUUGAUGCAAGCAACACGGCAGUGGACACAACUAUCUACACCCUGCUGGUUCGGGACAACGAGAGUGACCCGCUCACCUACACCAUGUAUACAGAGCCCACAGUGGACUACUUUCAGAUUGAUACAAACACCGGGGUCAUUUCUACUGCAAAAGAUUUAAAAACCGCCGUGGAGCCUGUCGUGGCUAUAAAAGUCAACAUCAGUGACGGAACUAACAUCGUUGGACCUUUCACCAUCACCACCACCAUCACCAAUUUGAACACAAGACCCGCAUUUACAAAUCUCCCAAUCAACAUCACCAUCUACGAGACGGCGGCUGGUGGGGAGAGACUCAUACGACUGACAACCACUGACCCUGACAUCUAUACAACCUUGACCCCUGUUGUUACCGUUGACCCUGGAACAGAUCAGUACAAGUUUACCUAUGAACAAUCAUUUGCCAUUAACCGCUACCUCCGUCUGUCCACAACAACUACUGGUCAGAACAUCUUGGACGCCGAGACCAUCAGCUACUACAACAUCUCCUUCCUACUGAACGACGGCUACCUUGACUCUGUGGGACAGUACAUCAACCUCUUUGUCCUGAAUGUCAACGAAGCGCCACAAUUUAACGAGGCCUUAUAUUUCUGCAAUAUGUAUGAGUCACAGGUGUAUACAUCAUUCUGUGACCUUGGCCUUACAGUCACUGACCCCGAGAGUGACACUAUAAAGGACAUAUUUCUUCUUUCCGGAAACAACAGUGAACGCUUCCGGUACGACGCCGCGAACAAACGGUUUGGCUUUAACACCGAGUACGACAUCGACAAUGGUGUCUACCCGACAUCUGCUGUUUUGACCAUCGCUGCAGUUGACUCCAACUCUGCUACGGGAACCGCGCAAGUUCAGGUCACGAUCUUGGACCAGAACGACAACACACCAACAUUUGCAAAUACGCUAAGCGCUUUCUCCAUUUCUGAGGGUCGAGCGCUUGGAUCCCUGGGGUCGAUCGCAGCUACAGAUGGAGACUUGACGUCUCCAAACAACGCAAUUACGUACUCACAAGUUGGGGGAUCUUCAGGACUUCUUCCAUACGUGACGGUCCUCAGUUCUGGAGAGGUCAGGUAUACCAACACCUUCGAUUCCUCACUACACGGGACAACAUACUUUGCUCUGGUGGAGGCCAAGGAUGGAGGCAGUCCAGCAAGGUCGUCUACUGGAACUGUCGCCGUUAGCUUCGUGACUACGACCUCCACAACAACAACGACUACGACAACAACAACCGCAACUACAACAACAGCCACUACUACUACGACAAAGGCACCUGGAUAUUUUGACGACCCCGCGAAUGUGGCGAUGUUUACGUGUUUUAUGAUUAUACUAUUUAUUGGCUUGGCGAUCGGUCUGUAUUUUCUAUACAGGUGGUGUACCACGGGUCGCUGCUGCGGACAAGGGAGUGGUAAAAGAAAGAGAGUUGAGCCUUAUGAUGAAUAUGGGAACAAGCGGGAUAAGGACCCAAUAUAUGAUGACGACGACUACUACGUCUAUGAACGCCCGGCGUCGACCAGCUACGUGAGGAUUGGCGGAGUCAACAACACGCGCGCGCUUCCCUCUCCCAAACCGAGGUUCUGACCGGUAUUCGUGGACCCAUUGCGAAUUGUGAUCGAAAAGGAAAAUCGUCUGAAACAACUUUGUAACAUCAUAAUAAAUGAAUCUGUUGUCCUU